AUGACGGGACGUCAUAAGGGUUUCAUUGCGCAUUUAAAACAAGCAGUACCAAAUGUACUCGCUGUACAUUGUGUUAUACAUCGUCAGCACUUGGUUGCAAAAAAUCUUAAUGAACGCCUGCAUACGUCGCUCCAUUACGUUAUUAGAUCUGUUAAUAAGAUAAGGAGCAAUUCAUUAAAUGACAGAUUAUUUGGGCAACUUUGUAGUGAAAAUGAUGAAGACUAUAACCGCUUGUUGCUGCACACAGAAGUACGAUGGCUAUCGAAAGGUGUUUGUCUCAAUCGAUUUUUCAAUCUAUUCCACUCAGUGUUGGACUUUCUUGAAAAUAGAGACGAUGAACUGCGUGGAAAUUUGAUUGCGUCCAAAAAUGACAUAGCUUAUAUGACAGACCUUUUUAAAAUAUUUAAUGAAGUUAAUUUACAAUUGCAAGGUGAUGAGUUGAAUUUGAUAAAGACCAAAAAUGUCAUAGCUGCUUUUGUGGGAAAACUUCUUUUAUUCAAACGAAAUCUAGGAAGAGGUGAAUUCCUCAAUUUUCCGACAUUAUCAGCAUUAUCGGUAGGAAAAGAAGAUUUAAUGACUUACUGCCAACACCUGGGCGCUCUUCAUGUGGAUUUUACAGAGCGCUUCCAGGAUAUUUUAAAUAUGAGUAUACCAAGCUGGAUUUUAGACCCUUUCGAAAAUGCGGGUACAGCAGAAUCAUCAAAUUUAGAAGAAGAACUCAUAGAACUCACAACAAAUGAAGAAUUAAAAGUGAAAUUCAGAAACGGAUACCAAGAGUUCUGGCUCCAAAAAUCAAUAUCAACUCUUCACCCUGGGUUGUGGGAAAUAGUACAGAAAUUUUUGAUUGCAUUUCCUUCAUCAUAUUUGGUUGAGCGUGGUUUUAGUGCAGUAGCUAAUUUGCUAUAUAAGAAAAGAAAUAGACUGCAAAUCACUGAGCGAGGAGAUUUGCGACUGGUGUUAACUAAAAUGAAAACGUUAACAGAUUGUUAA